CAACAGAUGCCACGUCAGUGUAAAGUUCUCUGUAUCAUAAUAACAAACUACUCAACGAAUAUCACGAUUGCACUCCGGACAUUAUAAAUAUGUAUUAUUCAGUGCAUUUACUAGGCGAACAUCCAAACGAUAUACUAUAAAAUUCAUGGCAGCGUAGUUGUGAAAUUUCUGUACAUAUCUACAAACACAAUAUAAAUAAAAUUGCGAGUGUUUACAUGGAGACCGGCAUUUCAAAAUCAUACAAAACAGAAACACACGAUAUACCGACUAGCAUUCGACAGAAUCACUCGCUGAUACAAAGACAUAAUAUUUUAAAGACUUUCUUCUUAGCUGCUAUCAGAGUAUUUUCGUUACGAGAACGGAGACCGCAUUAGCAAAACGAAAUUUGGUGAACAAUUUUUUUUUUUUUUAAAUAGUGUCACUUAAUACACUGUGUUGCCGUUAACAAUUUACUAUGUUUUGAAUGUUAACUCGGCGCUAUUUUGUUGAACAAAAAACAACCAUAAGUGACGACAACCUUCAGUUUUAUCUCGAACAUUCUAUAAAUACUUAUUAAAUUGCAACAAGUGCAACGUUGAUUUUAUUUUUUGUAUAUUUACAUUUUUCGUAAAAAUUGAAUGGUUUUUCGGUGGUGUUGAACUUUUAUCAAAUUUUAAUCAAUUUACAUGUGCUUGAGAGGUCAAGACGUACGGAUAUAUUAUCGCUGAUGCUUCCUAACAUGGAGGUGUUAACAUGAAAUCAAAGUCAUUUGAAAAUCAUUUGGGAACAUUUUUGUUUUGAUUACCGAAUAUUCAAUCUUCACCAUAAGGUAACAGAAAGAGUUUUGACCAAAAAACCAAAUUAUAAACAAUUUUCCUCAAAUGGAACAAAAGAAAAACAUUUUACGUACCAGUAGUGUUAUUGGAGCUAUGAAAUGGUGGUCGUCAAACAAUAACAAUAAACAGACAUUCGGCAGUGCUAUAGCUGGACAAAAAUUGCGAGAAUCAAAGUGGUUCGGCGUUGACGAAACGAAAAUUUUGUGUGCUGUAAUUGAAUGCGGUUUUAUUGUGGAAACACGUGAGGGACAAGAAAAUAAUGGCUGGUUUGGUGUAGCAAUUUGCAAGACAAGUAAAGAUAAAAAACCAAAACCGGAAAACGUCGACAUCUACACACUAAAAACGACUGAACGAAGACUGAAGUUGGUGAAAAUAACUUUGGCCCAAUUGUGGGAACAGGGCUACAUAGUUCGCAUAAACAACUUUGGCGAUAAGGAGAAACCUCCGCACUGCGAGAAAGACAUCAAAAGUCAGGUAUCAUUCGCACAGAAGGCUAAACAAGAGCUCUGGCAUAAUUCACAGCAUUUUGCGUACUGGUGUCGAUACGGUCAUCGACAGCAAGACGUGCGAAAGAAACAGAUGUCCGAAUGCGUUAAAUGGGGUAGUGUUGGAAUGAAUGCCGGUAUGAUAAUCUUAAUGAAUCGAGAAAAAUCGCAUUCAUCACAUACAUGAGGAGGAGUGGAGAAACCUGCCUGUUUGUCGUUCAUGUUUAAAUGGUUAAGCUUUUAAUUGUAAAAAAAAGUUAGAUUUUAAGUUUUUGACACAUCAUUCCAGCAGUUGAUAUUCUGGAUGGUGUUUCGAAAUUUGAAAUAAAGAAAUUUGUUUGUAUUUAUCAAACUAACAUUAAUCGAUGCGUUAAUUGAUGGAAUGCUAAUUUCGAUUCCAAUUUAUUUUACACAUUUUUUAUAUUAUUUUAUGGUAAAAUAUUCGUUGUUCAUUGAACAAUAGGAUUAAUUUUAAAUCGCUAAAAUAAGCUGGUCUUAAAUGACGCUAACAUUUAUGGAUUCUUGUUAUAUCAACAUAUUCGAGCUUUUAAUAAAGAAAUAUUUUUAUUUUGUC